AUGAAAUUACUUUUCACAGAAUGGUUAAAUAAAAUUGAUGAAAAUUUUGAAAAAGAAUUUUGGAUUGAUGGAACAAAUUCAUCGGAAUAUGUUAAUAGAAGACAACUUUAUAAAGAUACAAUUAAUUCAUCUCUCAGAUGGACUGAUUUUCAAUUAAGACCUAACUUUAUUAUUGCAGCAGUUAUUUUAGCAUUAAAACAAGUUGAAACAAUUCUGUUAGGAAAAUAUGGAAUUAAAACUCUUGAUUCCAGUGAUUAUAAUUAUGUUGGUGGUUAUGUUAAUAAUGAUGAUUCAUAUGAUUAUAAACGAGCACAUAGGUUUAAUUAUCAUAAUGGUCCUGAAUGGUUAUGGUUAACUGGUUAUUAUAUACGAGCAAAACUUUAUUGGUCAAAACAACAAAAUGAUCAAAAUAUUUUGAAACAAACAAUUAAACAUUGCAAAAAAUUAUUAACAUAA